AUGAUCUUGUCUCUGAGAAGAAAAAACAACGAAGUCAGUGCCAUCACGUCUGUUCCAGUCAUUCUCUCACCUAUCGACCUUUUAGUUUUUACCCUUUUUGCCGUUUCAGAUGUCGUAUCGCAAUUCUGCGCGACCAUCGGGACUUAACUCGUCAUCUCGAGCAUCCAGUUCUACAGGAGCAUCCAGUUAUCUGAGAGGAGGCUCCAAUUAUGCUGGGACGUCCGCUAGAACAUCAGAUUAUCGCUCCGAUAAUACGGGAAGAGCCUCGUCAUCCCUAGGAUCCGAACGAAGAACUGCAGGGACCAGUUCCAGUCGUUAUUCCGAUUAUUCGAGAACAUCAGCCGACAAGUAUGGGUCUGCCUCGCUCUCUACACGCGAUUAUGGCGCCACAGAACGACGAAGCAGCAGAGCAUCGGCUGAUAGAUACUCAACCUUGAAGAACGAAGGAAAAGAUGACUAUAGAUCCAGUAUAAGUCGGGACGUGAGCACAGAGAGAAGGUUCAGUUCAAAGGAUUACAAAGACGCGUCUUCUGCAUAUCGCUCUGGGCGGCGAUCAAGCACAACAGGCGAAUUAACUGGUGACCGAAAAUCAGGUCGUAACACAGAUUACACAGGAUCAUCAAGAAGGUCCAGGGACACCAGUGUUGAUAUAAGAACUCGUCGAGAUUCAGCCACAGAUUUUCUCAGUAACCGAGAUCUUGAUUCCACCACGAAGCGGACUAGAGACACGUCGGUCGACUACCUUUCGUCAGACCGAAAACAGCGUGAAAGGAGUUCAAGUAGAGCCCAUGAUUAUCUGGGGACAGACUCGACCAGAGGUUCUACUUCCAGGUCGGGGCGUGACUCUGCUACAGAUUUCCUGCAAGCCACUGAUUUUACAUCAAACAGAGGAACAAGUAAUGUAAUUAGAGACCAAACACCCAGCAAAGACGCCAAAAAGAAGUCCAUGUUCAGCGAUUUGACAGAUGCAUUGGCCAAACAUGAACAAAACCUUGGUCAAAAUGCCGUCAAACUGAAGACAAAAUCAAAAGAUUUGAUUAGAAAACGCAGAAACAGAGAAUCUGCAAAAGAGCUCACGGCUGCGGCAGAAGAAAGAAAACGAAAAACUAGAGAAGCUAGUUCUGAAGCCAAAGAUUCAAGCAGUGACUAUCUCAAAAAGCGGACCGAACAACUUCUGGCCGAGGUACAAGCAUCUCGCGAACCCCAAAAAGACAAAAAGUCGACGUUCGCUGAUUUAACAGAUGCCUUGGCGAAGACUGAAAGGAGUCUUGCGCAAGACAUCGAAUCACUAAAGUCAAAGUCCAAGGAUCUCACUGACAAAAGGAACAGCAGGACGUCAAAGGAAUUAUCAGAGAGUAGAAGGAUGCCAAAAGAUCUAUACCACGAUCGAAAAUCGAGUACAAGAGAAGUCAGAGAAAGCCGAUCCGGAAGGGACACGCCCACAGAUUACAGUAAAAUAAGAUCUAGAGGUCUCAGUGUCGAUGCAAGAUCAGCAGCAGAGCCAUCUUCUGACUAUCUUAAAGUCAGGUCAAGGGACAUUAGUAUGGACAGGAGAACAAGCCGUGAUGUGUCAGUGGAUCUGCUAAAUUCGGGAAGAACAUCCAGAAAUUAUGGUUCGGAUUUUUCAGCAUUGGAACCGUCCUUUGCAGGGAAAAGUGGGAGAUCCUCAUCGGUGUCCGGGAAAGGAAUUGCAGAUACAAUUCGAUCGGUGAGUUUCUAAACCUAAAUGAAUUCAUGUUUAGGGCAUACCAAAAUCCGUAUUCGACCAAGAUGAUGAGAGUGAGUAUUCGUAUUACGAAGAUGAGGAUGAAUGGGAUUCUGAUGAUGAAGUCGUCGAACAAAAACAAGAUGACCAAGACCAUCAACGCCAGCAGGAACAAGAGAAACGGCGGAAAGAAGCUGAAGAAUCGAUGAAACAGAGGAAGGAAGACGAAGAAAAACAACGCAAGGAGCAGCGGGAGGCAGAUGAGAAAAAGAGAAUUGAAGAAAGGGAGAAAAGAGAGGCUGAAAAAAAGAAGAAACAAGAAUACGAAAAGAAAUUGGAAGAAGAACACAAAAAGGCGCAAGAGAAAAGAGUCGCCGAAAUUCUCAAGUCCGGGGUAAGAAAGCACAAAAAUCAUUCCACCAAAAACAUUUCAUUUGGGGCAGCUCGGGUAUCGGGCCAAUAUUUAUAGCCAAAAUUGUUUGACUUGGGUUGUAAAGUCAUCAACUUGACGCGUAAGUCACGUUGUCAAAUUUCCGUCAUUUUCGGUAUGUCAAAUCGUUCGUUCUGCCAUUUUCAUUGUCAAAUUGAACUUUUUUGGAGAAUUUCUGUAGAAUUUCACUAAAAAAUCGUAGUAAUUAAAAAUUUGUAGGAACUAAAUUGCUCCUUGUCAAAAAGAUCGAUGAAAUAAGCAGUAAACCUAGUUACGACUAAUAUAAACGGUACUAGAUCAUAGUCUAUUUUAAAAUUGCGUUGGAAAGCGUCGUAUAUCAGAAUUUCCAACUUACAGGGGAAGUACCCCAAGUCAGAUUUUGAUGAAACUUGGCACAAUUUUAGAACAUUUUUUUUUUCUAACAAGGAAAGUACUUUUAUGGGGGCUCCUACUUUUUGACGGGACAUAUCUCAAAAAAUCAGAAAAAAUGUGCUGAUCAAGAAUAUAUAGAUCUUAGCUGCCCAUUUUAGGUUUUUAGGGGUGAAAACUCAGUCGGAAGUUGACUUAAAGUCCUAUAUGAACCCCUUUUCGCUUAAUUUUUCCAAAGGUUUACAAUUUUUAUUUUGGCUUAAAAUGGUGUUUAUUGAGUUUCUAAGACGUAAUAAGACAGUCUUGGCCCAAAAAUUUAUUUUUCCGACCUUCAACUUCAAAAAAGUUGAUUCAGCCCAAAAGGGAAAUCGAACCUGUGCGGCGUCCCCCCUCUUGAUUCCCAGACUACGGCACUAACCACUCGGCCACACCGCUCUCUUCCGAAGGAAGAGAUCGAGUGCUCUUUUUAUCGUUUCGAAUGUCUGCCUUUUGUAGGGAAAUUAAACCAGUUUUUGGGCAUUUUCACCCUUAAAAGACGAUUUUUGGCUCGCUGCGUCAGCCCGUAAUGGACCCGGGACAUAGGAAAAAAUCGAUUUUGAGUUUUUUGCUUAAAAAUGACCGUCGACAUGUGCUAAGGAAAAGCGAACAACAGUUUUUCCCAAUUCUGCCCGGAAGGCAUAAAUUUGCUUAAAUUUGUCGUUUUUGGAAUUUUAGACCUGGUGACGUCAUAGAAAAAGCAAAUCACCCAAAAUUUUGCUUGUGUACGUUUUCGACCUUUGGGAAUUCAUUUUUUUGAACAUUGAGGCUCUCAGAUUACUGUAACAUAGGCAUAUUGUAAUCCGGUAGAUAAAAAUCGACCGUAACUCCUUCGUAUCAAAAAUCCCACAGGAUUUUAUUUCAGAUUCGGAAUCAGCAUAAAAUUCUGCAUAUUAUACACAUAAUGUGAGGUCAUAACUCCAGGGGGGGAGAUCGCGUAGUAUAUUGGAUUUUGGCAAAAAGUACGUUUGAAAGGUCGCGGGUUCGAUCCCCGCUUGGUGCAAAUAUUGAAAACACGGCGGAAAUCGCGUUUAAUGGACACCUAAGGGUUAUAAGAGAUACGCUAAGCAAUUUUAAACAUUAAUGCAUAUCUAAUUGUGAUCAAAACUGAUUUUAUAUAAUUUUUGGAGACUGAAUAUGCAAAAAAUGAAAUUGCUUCAAACCGCUUGAAAUUGGCAACACUUAUUCUAGGGUCAAUUGUAAGAAACUUUUGUGUUAACUUUUUUUGGCAGAGCACCGUACCAUGGAUUACUGUAGCAUUAAACGUGUCCUGAUUAACUGCAAUUUUCUUUAAAAUUCUUGCAUAAAAUAUUAAAUCGUUUUAAUUAGUCGUUUUAGACAGCGAAAAGAUCCACUUUCUAUAUAUGAAAGAAACUUCGACCUUAAUUGCAACGCGUCUUGAUGUCAUAAUCAAUUGGUGAAAGUGCGUCAAAUAACUCGGCCAUUUCAAACGGUACAGCCAUAAAAAUUUUUUUGUACACAAGAAAACCCUUUCUUAACCAUUCUGAGCACAAUGAUGACAUUCCGACUUCUAUGCGCCAUGUGGUACACGAAAAACCAAAUCAGGUUUAAUGUUGCAGUAAUCCAUGGUACGGUGAUCUACCAAAGAAAGUUAACGAAAAAGUUUCUUACAAUUGACCCUAGAAUAAGUGCUGCCAAUUUCAAGCGGUUUGAAGCAGUUUCAUUUUUUGCAUAUUCAGUCUCCAAAAAUUAUAUAAAAUCAGUUUUAAUCGCAAUUAGAUAUGCAUUAAUGUUUAAAAUUGCUUAGUACAUCUCAUAUAACCCUUAGGUGUCCAUUAAACGCGAUUUCCGCCGUGUUUUCAAUAUUUGCACCAAGCGGGGAUCGAACCCGCGACCUUUCAAACGUACUUUUUGCCAAAAUCCAAUAUACUACGCGAUCUCCCCCCUGGAGUUAUGACCUCACAUUAUGUGUAUAAUAUGCAGAAUUUUAUGCUGAUUCCGAAUCUGAAAUAAAAUCCUGUGGGAUUUUUGAUACGAAGGAGUUACGGUCGAUUUUUAUCGACCGGAUUACAAUAUGCCUAUGUUACAGUAAUCUGAGAGCCUCAAUUUUCAAAAAAAUGAAUUCCCAAUGGUCGAAAACGUAUACAAGCAAAAUUUUGGGUGAUUUGCUCUUUCUACGACGUCGCCAGGUCGAAAAUUCCAAAAAAGACAAAUUUAAGCAAAUUUAUGCCUUCCGGGCAGAAUUAAGAAAAACUGUUGUUCGCUUUUCCUUAGCACAUGUCGACGGUCAUUUUUAUGCAAAAAACUCAAAAUCGAUUUUUUCCUAUGUCCACCGCUGACGCAGCGAGCCAAAAAUCGUCUUUUAAAAACAUAAAAUGGGCAGCUAAGAUUUAUAUAUCCUUGAUCAGCGCAUUUUUUCUGAUUUUUUGAGAUAUGUCCCGUCAAAAAGUAGGAGCCCCCAUAAAAGUACUUUCCUUGUAAAAUAUAUGCGAAAAUUCUAGACCGCGCUUUGCAGAAGCAACCGAGAUUUUUAGAUCGAACGUCGGCGAAAAUUUGAGACUUUGCCAAGUUUCGGCACGAAAAGUUUCGUACCUAUUUCUACCGUAAAGGGUUCCAUAAAAAAUCAAUUUUUUCCGCACGAAACUAGCAAAGUUAUGGCCAAAAAGUAUUUCUCUCUUUGACCGCUCUCCGUGUUUAGUGUACUCUCUCGGCGGCAAGGAUCGUUCAAUAUCUCGGCGGCGCCUGCAAAGCGCGAGCUUAGACUUUCAGGAAUUGAUACUUCAGAGAAACUGCUUAGGCUAUGCCCGACGUGUGUGCAAAAUUUAAAGAAAAUCGGAGCAUCGCACUUGGGGUGUUAGCCAAAAUGACGAAAAUAAUGCCAAUUUGACGUCAAGUGGACGUCAGAUGAAAAACUCCGUCAAAUUAACAACCCUACUAGCUAGCCAAUGAGUUGGCAUGACAAAAAAAAUUCUAUAACAAUAAAAAAAUUGAAAUUGGUGUCAAAGAGUAGGAGUGACGGCCGAUCCCAAAAAAUGGCUAUUCGGAAGUCAAAAGUCGAAAUUUUUUGAUCAUCAUUCCAAUUAGUACCACUGGUGACCGUACGAACGAGUCCUUCCCGCCGGUGGUCCUUUUUGAACGAGGGCCCUUUUCGAUGGCAUUCUUUCUGGGACCCAGAAAAGUCUUUAUUUGAUCUUUUUUCCUAACUAUGGAUUUUUUAGGGGAUUCCAAAAUCGAUCUUCGAUUGUUCCGACGACGACUAUUCAUACUACGAGGACGAAGAUGAAUACGAGGAUGAAGACGAUUAUCAGUUGCAGAAACAACUAACUGAGCAAAGAAAGCCACGGGAAGAAGAACAGAAGGAAGAAAAAGAAAUGAAAAAUAAAGAAAAGGAGGAAGAAAAGACCAAAGGAGUCGUCGAAAAUAAAUCCAAUGCUAGGAAUGAGACCAGUGAUAAACAAAAGGAAGAAGAAGAGAGGAAGCUGGAACGGCGAAGAGUUUCAGAAAUUUUAACGUCUGGGGUAAGUCUAGCAUCUCUUAUUAUUUUUUUAAUUCUGCUUUUAGGAGGUAUUGAAGUCAGUAUUCGACCGGGAUGACGACAGUGAAUAUUCGUAUGAAGACGAUGAAAGUUGGGACUCCAAGCUAGACGCGGAAUUAACUAUCAAUUUGGACAAACCAGAUCAUGAGAAUGACAAAAAGACAGAUAAGGUGGCAUAUGAACGGAAGGCGGAGCUGAAACAAGAAAAAGGCAUGCAGGACGAACCAAUUACACAAGUGCAUGAGAUUAAAGGAGAAAAUGAAGUGGAUCAUGCUGUUUUUAAAUUGCCAGAGCGGAAAGCUAUUGGAGAAGAUGAUGAAGAUAAUGCAUCCCUGACGAAGAAACAGUCCGAUAAAACACGAGGGGAAUCGGGUUCCAAAGCAGGAAAAUCUACCAAAGACAGUGUGACUGUCAAACCUAGUACAAAGGAUGUUGAUGAUGACGAAGAAGAGGAUGGGGAUUAUGGACAAAUUCAACGAAGGAAAAGUGGAAGCAAAAUUAAAGGAAUUAAUGCUGAAGCUAAUAAACGGAAACAAAUGGGUGAAAUCAAGACCAAGUUGACGGAUAAAGGAAAGAUUAUUGAUCCAUUACAUCAGGAGUACGAUGCAAAACACGAUCCUGAUGUAAGGGGUUCAGCAUACUUCCAAAAACCAUCGAAAAAGUAUGACGACGAGAGCGAUGAAGAACUUGAAGCCGAGGUGAUUGAGGGAUUUGGUGAAUCGGUGAAGCCCAUGCAUGAAAUUAAAAUUGUUCCAAAAUCUGAAAAGGAAGCCGGAAGAGAGAAUAAGAAGUCGGCAAAGCCGACAGAGGACCAGAAAUCUGUGUAUCACCAGCCGACUGAGUCAGAUAAAUCUGAUUCUGCAAAAUCGCGAGGUCCAAAACCCUUAGAUGUCAAAGGCAAUGUAAAAAUGACACAGAAACCAAAAGAAAGACUGAGUGACCCAACUGUGAACGCCGAGGGAGAAAACUAUGAGCCUGAUGAAUCCUAUUAUCCAGAUACUGACAAGACAAGACGGAAUAAAACGACGACAGGUCGCGAUAAACCGUCAGAAAAGUCAACUGCGUCCACUCAAGUUCCCUUAGGUGUCUUAAAACCCGGAGACGUGGAGGUAGAAAGUGGUGGCGAUGACAUGGAACAAGACUUCACAUUUGAUUUUCCUAAAAAUGUUCAAAAGGCUAGCACCCAACCACUCGGAAAAGCUGAUCCCCGUAGAUCCGACCCGACAGAACUGAGUUCUUCAAAAGACCAUGGAGAUCCAAUAAAGGCAUCAAGACCAAGGAGUGACAAGAAAAGCCCAAAGGAAUCGUCUACUCUUGAUGAAGAGAAACCACAUAAAUCGCUCUCUUCGAAGUCGGGAGGAGCUCCAAAGACGGCUAAAGAUAGUGGCCCUAAGAGUAAAAGUGACAAGGAUUCCAAACACCCAAUUGUUAAGGAAAAGUCAGAGUCACUGAAGCCUGAUGGUAAAACAAAAACACACUCAAAGGAUCCGAAGAAAGAGCUAAUUAAAACGCCAAGUAAGUCAUCGUCAAGUCUUGCUGGCAAAGAAACGUCAGGAGAUCUGCCAAGUCGAAAAGAGGACCUCCCAAAGUCAUCAUCUCAAAAUAUUCCGAAACUGACAGGCGCUAUAAAAACGAGCCAGAAGCCUGCUCAUCGAUUGACCGACCAUCACGAAGACGUUGAGGGCGGUGAUUACGAGCCUGACGAAGCUUAUUAUCCAGACAAGAUCCGACCCCGACAAGAACGAGGGCCUUCCAAAUUGGAUGAUUCAAAAGUCGACAAGUCUGGAAACCCCGUAAUAGGAGUGGAUGACACAACGGGAAGAGACACUCGACCAGGCGUCCUGCGGCCUGGAUUUGUCGAUAUCAGUGACAGAGACAACGAGAGUGACUUUGUUUUUGAUCCGCGGGAUAAAAUACAGAAAAGCAGCGUUGGGCCUUCAAAGAAAAGCGCAGUUUCUAAACCACUGAAAAGAACGCCAACUCGAGAAGAAGAAUUGGAACCUGUAGAAGUUGGUUCCACUCCAGGCCAUAAACAUGAUAUAAGAAUAAAACCAAAUGAAAGCCCACCAAGAAUGAAGACGGAUGAUAAGAAACCAACCCUGAAGCCUGGGGAUGUUGUUGUAAGUGAUGAUAAUUCUGAAGCCGACUUUACCUUUGGUCCGCCAAAACCUUUUAAACAACCAGAAAAGAAAGAUGCCCAUGGGAGACUCCCCAGCUCAGCAAAGUCAGAGCCAAAAACAGAUUCAAAGUCGAAAGAUAAAGAAAAUGCAACACCACAUCGUAUUACACCUGGUAGUGUAGAUUACGACGACACACCGGACACCGACUACACAUUUGGCUCUCCCGCCGAUAAGAAGACACCUUCAAGCAAACAUCCAGCAAGAGAUGAUGAGGAAUUAGAGCCAGAAGAGAUCGGGCACCAUCCUACCUCAAAACACGACGUUAAGAUUAAAACAAAGGAUGACGAUAAAAGGAAAAAACCAGAGCCAUCAACAAAGAAUAGACCAGAAGACGACAAUGCUGGAAGUUUAAAGUCAGGCGAUAUUCGUAUAGAUGAAGAGCCGGAUGAUUUUAAUGUGGCAUUGCCAUUGAAUAAUAAAGCCCCAAGUAAAUCGGCGCAGAACUUAUCCACUAAGCCCACGCCAGGACAUGAAACAAAAGAUGUCAAAGAUACCAAAAAACGAGAACCUGCAACGUCUUCUCGGCCCAAGAAAGAUAAGGGAGUAGAACUUGAACCUGAGGAAAUUGGUACUCCGAAAGGCAAAGUGCAUGGUGUAAAAUUGAAACCAAAAUCGGAGAAAGACCCAGAUAAAGAUAAAGAGCAGUCGGCCACCAAAAAACCAAGUAAAAUUACACCAGGUAACGUGGGUCAUGACGAUGAACCGGAUACGGUUUAUACAUUUGGGUUGCCCUCGAAGGAUGAAAAACCAAGUCAUCCUAAGAUUGACAAACCAAACGGUAAAACAUCUGCUUCACAACCUGCGAAAAAUGCUAAUUCGCCAAAGGGUCUAAAACAAGGUGAUGUUGAUUAUGAUUCAACUCCUGAUGCUGAUUAUACGCUUCCUAUAAAAAAAGGAACGGAGAAACCCCCUUUGAAGACCGCAAAGCAAUCUGGGGAGGACGAGGAGCUAGAAUCCGAUGAAAUCGAACGCCCUCAGCCACCAAAUCAUGAUGUAAAACUGAAACCUAAAGAUAAGCCGACUGAUAAAUCCGAUCCAUCGAAGUCUAAGCCAUCGGAAAAGACGCCGCAAAAUAAAGAAAAACCUGGUGAUAGCAAACCCAAAGGAACACGUGAUGGCACAGAUGCCGACAUGCCGUCGACUAAGGAUCAAGCUAAGAAAUCAUCUCCCGGUUCGUCAGACAAACCAAGGUUGAAAUCUGGAAAACCAGAACACGGAGAAACAAAACCAUCAAAUCGACGCCCUAUUAAUUCCGACGAAGAAGAAAUAGAGCCAGAUGAAUUGGACAUUCCUAAACCAAACAAACAUGACAUUAAAAUAAAGCCCAAAUAUGACAAAGAACCCUCGAAACAGAAGCCAUCAACUAAAACUGGUGAUAACGUCAACGAGAAAGUACCAACCUUAAAGCCUGGAGAUGCCGACGAGGAUGAGAGUACGGACUUUACGUUCGGCCCCCGAAAGAACGAAGCACCAAAGAAGCCUUCAAAGAAAGCAGCACCGACUACAGACGACGAAGAAUUAGAACCUGAUGAAAUUGGAAAACCAAUCAAACCAAAACAUGACGUAAAGUUGAAGCCUAAAGGGGAUACCCAAAGUGACGCAUUUAAAACAGCUCAAUCAGAACCAAAGAAACCGGAAGAAAAGACGAAAAAUCCCGCUUUAUCAACAACUGAGUCUCCGGAUACCGAUUAUACUUUCGGAUUACCCUCGAAGAAAGCCCAGCCAAAAAUUCCAUCAACAAAAGAAAAACCCCAAAAUAUUGAAGAUGAGGACUUCGAACCUGACGAAAUUGGUGGACCAAUAAAACCGAAGCAUGAUGUAAAAUUAAAACCAAAAGCUGAUAAAAUGGAUGACAAGAAGACACCUUCAAAGGACCAGCCGGAGUCGAAGAAGCCGAGAGACAAAGAGAACGAUGCUAAAAAGCCCGGAGAAAAUAAGCAAGCCAAACUAAAGAAAGCACCAGACGUUGUUAAGAAGCCCACUGAGAAGCCGGCCGUUAAACCCACGGGUUUGAAACCUGGGGAUGUAGAAAAUGAUGACAGCCCAGAAGUUGACUACACUUUUGGAUCACCGCUAAAGCCAACGUCAAUCCCUAUCAAACCAUCUGAUAAACAUCAACCAAAGAGUGAUGAAGAAUUGGGUCCAGAUGAAUUAACAGGGCCGUCGAAACCAAACCACGACGUCAGGUUAAAACCAAAAGCAUCUCCAUCGGCGUCUGAUGACAUCCCAAAGAAACCGACGACGGAAUCGAAGCCAGCAGGAACCGGAAAAGAACCAGCUAAAAUAACUCGAAAAGACGGCGAUGCUGCCCCAGAUGCAGAUUAUAUUGGAAGACUGCCAAAGCCUACUGAUAGAAAGAAACCCGAUUCUAAGACACCAGAUGAUGAAGAAUAUGAACCGGAAGAAUUGGAGGGAUCUUCCCCGCCUUCUCAUGAUAUAAAAUUGAAACCUAAAACGGAGAAGCCAAACGAUAAUAAAGAGAAGCCGACAGGAAAGGAAACAGAAACAAAACCAAGCAAACCAAAAGAAAAGCUGAAAGGUUUGAAACCGACAUGGGCGGGUGAUGAUUAUACUCCCGAUGCCGAUUUUACAUUUGGAGCUCCGACGAAAAGUUCAGAUCCCAGGAAACAAGAGCCGAAGGAGUUUGAUCCUGAACUUAUUAGUUCGCCUAAACGUCCAAAACAUGAUGUUAAAUUAAAACUGAAACCUUCGGAUGCUAAAAAACCGGUUAGCAGCACCCCUGGAACACUUGUCCCAGGAGAUGUUGAUACCAUUGACGAUGAUGUUGAGCUGGUUACAGUAGGGCUGCCGAAGGAUAAACCGCGAGACGCGGCUAAGCCGUUAGGCAAAUCUCCCCCAAAAUCUGAAGGCAAGCCGGAAAGAGGAGAAAAACCAUCAAGUGAAGGCAAGAAACCAAAGACUUCUAAACCGUUGAUACCAGAAGUGGAUGAUGAUAUGGAUGCAAAGUUCACUAUGCCUGUUUUGAAGCCUAGCCCAAAGGAGAAGGCAUCCACUGAAAGGCCUAAGGAUUCCACUAAGCCAGAGAAAAAGAUUGAAUCACCAAGGGAUAAACCUGCGGUGGCCAGUAAUCCAAAGGAAGACAAGAAGGAAACACCAAAAGAUAAACCUAAACAACCAAAAGAUGGAACUACUUCCUCGAAGCCAAACGACCCAAAAGAGCCUUUAAAAUCCGAGGAUAAACCGAAAGAACUUUCAAAGUCCCCGUCAAAACCAAAGGAAAUCAAACCAGGAACUGGCGAUCCAAGCUUUCCAUCCAAUGACUCCUUAAAGCCUGUAGAAAAACCAAAGGAAAGAUCUAAGUCGCCUUCCGCCAAGCCCGACGAAAGACCAAGAUUGUCGAAGCCAAAAUCCGAUGAGAAGAAAAGCAGCGAUAAGCCCGAACCGGACAAAAAGGUUUCAUUGAAACCAGUCGAUAAGUCCAAAGACAAGCCAGAGCCUUCGUCAUCAAAGUCGAAAAACCCGAAAGAUGCUCUGAAGCCAGUUCCAAAAGAUUCCAUGCCAUCAUCGAAACCGUCGGCAGAUAUCCCGCAGGUCGCAGGUAAGCCCAAAGAUUCUCUGAAGCCGGUCGAAAAACCAAAAGACCGUUCGAAAUCUCCAUCCAGCACAAAAGAGAAACAAACUGAUGAAGGUAAGGAUCCUGUUCCAAAAUUGGCUUCAUCAAAACCAAAAGACGAUAAAAAGGAUUUGACCAAACCAGAUGUAAAGCCGAAAGAUCAAUCAAAGUCCCCAUCAACAAAGCCAAAAGCCGAUUCUACGAAAGCCAAGCCCGAAGAAACCUCAAAAGAAAAGAAACCUGCUUCAAACAAAUCAAAAGAUGAAGAAAAGCCAAAGGAUUCACUCAACCCGACUGAAAAGCCCAGAGACCGUUCGAAAUCCCUAGCCAAGAAGCCCGAAGAGAAACCGAAGGUGGCCGACAAGCCAGGUGGAAAGGCACAGGAAUCAUUGAAACCUGGAGAGACUCCUAAAGAGCGCUCAAAGUCACCGGCCAAAAAGCCAGAAGAUAAGGUAAAGCUCGCAAAAGAAACUCCAAAAGAUUCUCUGAAGCCUGCUGAUAAACCAAAGGAACGCUCUAAAUCUCCCUCUGCAAAACCAGAGGAUAAAGCGAAGGCGGCUUCGACGCCAAAGAAGGAAGCAAAAGAUCAUGAUGAGAAACCCAAAUCAAGUUCCUCCAAAACCAAUUUGGAGAAGCCUAAGGAUUCAUUAAAGCCAGAUGAAAAGCCUAGAGGUCGGUCAAAAUCUCCAUCCAAAAAGCCUGAUGAGAGACCAAAACAGUCGUCAUCAAAACCAACAGACGAGAAGCCUAAGACCAGCUCAAGUAAACCAAAAGAAGGGGAGAAGCCAAAGGAGUCGUUAAAAACAGAAACGAAACCAAAAGAAACAUCGAAGCCCCCGUCCAAAAAACCCGAUGAUAAAGCACCCAAAGCCGAACGGAAACCAACGGACUCCUUGAAACCAGAUGACAAACCAAGAGACCGGUCAAAGUCACCGUCCAAGAAACCCGAAAGUAAGCCGAAGUCAAGCAGUUCGAAAUCUAAAGAAGAUGACAAGCCAAAGGAAUCCCUCAAACCAGGCGACAACCCAAAAGAGAGAUCUAAAUCACCAGCAAAGAAACCCGAUGAAAACCCAAAAUCCACUUCGGAAGGCGAGAAGCCAAAAGAUUCCUUGAAACCAGGAGAGAAGCCUAAAGAACGAUCGAAGUCACCGUCGAAAAAACCUGCUGACAAAGGAAAACCAUCAGAGAAUGAUGAUAAACCAAAGGAAUCUGUGAAGCCCAAGGAUAAAACAAAGGAGUCCGCAAAAGCCCCUUCAGAGAAACCAAAGAAAGAUGGCGAUAAGGAUAAAGACGAGCCUGAGGAUAAUCCCAAGACCAAGAAAGCUCCUACGAAAGAAGGUGAUGACGAGAAGAAAAGGCCAAAAGAGAAAAAGAACCCGAAAGUGGGAGAAGAAGACGAUGAUUCAGAGCCCGUCAACAAUGAUUCAGAGCCCGUCAAAAAGAAGAAGACGAAGAAAAGCCCGAAGAAACCAAAGAAAAAGGAUCCUGAUGCUGAAGAUGACGAUGCAGGAGAAAUAAGUGGUGAUUCGUCUGAACCUGAUGAUAAACCAAAACUAAAGAGACGACGAAGAAUAAAGCCGAAAGAUGACGAAAAUGAUGACGAAGCGGAACCUAAGAAAAAAGGUAGGCGAAAGAAUUCCAUAGAUUGUGACACCGCAUCGAUUGCGACUGGGGAUGGGGUAAAGCGAACCCGCGGUCUCAAAACUCAAAGAAGUUGUUGGUAUAAGAGCUGUGAUGCAGGUAGGGAGACUGAACCCCCAAAUCACCAAACCACUAUACAUUUGGACGCUGCAUAACACAACGGAGCUUAAGCUUACUAGUAUUGCGCCCCUUGCAAUAAGUCAGUAAAGUCUAGUGGUGAAAGAUUAGUCCAACAAGUUUAUACACAGUAGUUUAUUUGAAUAGAACGAGCGUAUACAAUUCCAGAGUAGAGGAAUAUAUCUUACUUCAGUUUUCGUAGGCGACUCUUGUCUAGAUGGCUCGGGCCGGGUUUAUAUACUGGUGGGGUUAGUGUGAUGUAAACAUUAUUUCAUAACAAUUUCGAAAUUUAGACAAAUAUGUCGUGACAUAAUUCGUUUCUAGAAUGCGAUAGAUUUGUUUCGCAAUAAUUUCUGCGUUAUAAAAAAGCGAAGAGAGUUAUUUUCGCGUUUCGCGAAAAGAAGAGAAAAAUGAAGAGACUUUUUAGUAAACAAUUGCGAGAGAAACGGAGAGUAAAGAACGCUCACAAAUUUUUUCCCUUUACAAACAAGAGGAAAGAUAAAAAUAAUAUAGUUGCAAAAACUUUUUACAAUUCUUUGCGAGUCGAGUCGCAACACUAGUAGUUAGCUCACAAAACUUUGUCACGCUUACAAGGGAAUGCACUUUAGGUGUAAAUCGCUUUUUAAACCGGAGGUAGUGUAAAUUGAUCGGUUAGGACUCAGGAGCCGUUUCACCCGAGGAACACCGCGGGAUAAUUCUGGACUCUACGAAUUUUUUUUGUUUAUUCCUAUAUAGGAAUAAAGAAUUUGCACCACCUCCGGUUUAAAAAGCGAUUUACACCUAAAGUGCAAAACAUUUUUUAAGGUGAUUUUUGAAAAUUUCGCCUGGAUGAAAAAAACCAUUCAACCCACCAUAAAACCGUCGUAUCUAUGCCCAGUGAGCAGCUUUUUUGCGCUGAGCACUAUUUUUAAAGAUGUUUCAAAUUAUAUAGGUUUCGUUAAGAAACCAGGUGGCAACUAUUUGCCGCUCCCUUGCAUGUAGUACCAAUAUGAAGUGGACAGCGUGACUGACGCGUCAAGUUUACGACUUAACGACCCUAAAAACUACUGUAACAAUGAAAAAUUUUUAAUAUUCCAGUUUCUUUCACGUUCUGCAGUGGCUCCGGGUAAUGAGUUGGAUUAUAGACCAAAUUUUUCGAUUUUGCCAUAUCUGAACAAUUUUAAUGUUUAUACCACGGCGUCGCAUUACCCAUUCUGGGUCACAACUGAAAGCUUCCUAGGUGAAAUACGGGUGUCUAAUAAAUAAUAAUAGGAAGAAGGGGUCGAAGCCGAUCAAAGAAGCCUACUAAACGUCCAAAGGAGCCGGAACCAGAAGAAGAACCUCCGAAACCAAAAUGGGUGCCUCCCCCACGACCCCCACCGGAUGUCUACGAAAUGCCCCCUCAGGAGAAACCACUAGUGGAAAGGUUAAGAGAGGAGAAGAUCGAUCCCAGGAAGUUCUACUCGAAGAAGACACAUGUGUAAGUAUUUAGCCAUGAUGUCAUCAGACUAUUAUCUAAUUAGAGAGACCAAUAUUCCGUUCGUUAUUCCAUGGGAACAGGCCCCAGCUCUUAUCACUCAAGAGGGCAUGGGAGCCUUUGGGGCACAACGAAGCGCUAAGGCGCAUGUUAACGAUGGCCACUUAAAGCUAACUCAGGUAAAUUAAUUUGUAUUCUUUUAAUCUUCCUAUAGGGAGAACUGAAGUCAGAGAACACUCUGACCUUAUUCGAAGAAGGCGCCAAGUCUGUGGCCUCUCAGAAAGGAGAGAGGUCGUUUGGUGCUCGUCGCCUGAAUGUAGACAAGGUUGUGGACAGUCAUAAGUAUGAAAGUGAUCCCAAGGUAUGUUUAAUAAAACAGAUGUUAUUAUUAUAGCUAAAAUUGUGUGAAACUGUGAUUCCACAAGUUAAUAGAGGUCUGCUUACAAGUCAGACAGGAAUGGAAUUCGGAAAUCUCAGACAUCAGGUGGGAUAUUCUUGCGAAUUAGGAGCUAAUAAUCUCGUUUCUAUAGACAACCAAAGUAAAAUAUGCAAAGGGAAUGACGCCUGGGUUUGAUAAAGAAGGAAACAAAUACCUGAGUCGACAAUUCAAACCGAAUUCCACAGAAGUUGCAGGAAGUAAUCUGAUCGACACUCGCCGUGCUAUCGUUCAAAAUGUAAAUGUAAGAAAAGUAUAAUAUAUUCACACCAAAUUAAGGGCGUGGAAUUGAGGAUGUGUCCUGAAUCAGACGGCAUUAUCCCCAAACUAUUCUCCACUCAAGACAUUGAGCUUAAAUCUGGAGCCGACUUCGGAUCCUUCAGACCCCUUCACACGGAAUCAGAAGGCGGCUACAGAAUGACCUACGAUGAGGAAGUCAAAUGCAAAAUGGCUAUACCUUUCCAAGUAAUUAAUGAUAUAACCUGUCCUAUUCCUAUUUUCACUAUUUUCAGACCGCACCUUCGCUUCUCUACUUCACAAACCAGUAG